AUGUUUAUUUACAAGAUCUUUCCUGAUGGCAACAACGAUCAUAAACACAUUAACCACAAUACUGUUCAUUUCAAUGACCAUGCUCAUCGAAAUGAUGAAUAUAAUGUGGAUGAUAAUGAUCAUGAAAGUCUUGAAGCAGAUGAAUCGAUUGCGGAAGAUGAAUCGUUCGCGGAAGAUGUUCCGAACAGUGAUAAUGAUAAUCAUGAUGAUGAUAAUAAUGACGAUAAUUUAAUACCUUUACAUGAUCCCUCUGAUGAAUUGUAUAAUAAUUAUGUCAAUAACCCAAUACCGUUGGAUGCAGUCUCUGAUGAAUACGAUAGCGCCUCUGAUGAAUAUGAUGAUGCUUCUGAUGAAUCUGAUGAUAAUAGUAGCAAUAACCCAAUACCGUUCGAUGCUGCCUCUGAUGAAUACGAUGAUGCCUCUGAUGAAUAUGAUGAUGCUUCUGAUGAAUUUGAAGAUGCAUCUGAUAAAUUCGAUCAUCAAACAAACCGUUCACUGUAA